AUGGUGCUCUCAAGUGGAUGGCGUGCUCUGAUACGCUGUUGUCAGCCGGUGCUCGCGACCCCUAACGUGAGUGCCUCUGACAAGCAAGAGCUUGCUCCCUCCUUCGUCGGCCGCGUCGACGAAGAGGAACUAAACUUGGAGUCAGAGACCAAAGUAAACUACCGCGUCCAUGCUACACUGCAAGGAGACAUCUGCUGGACACCGAGUACGGCGAGCGAGGAGUUCGACCCGGAGUCCCACUCUUGCGCUGACGAUGCAGUCAUUGUUUCGUCAUUUGGGAGCCGAGUCGACGCCGCGGAACUGGAUCUGGACCGAGACGCUGACAUCGUCUAUGAUUCUGCGUACGAAGCAGACAACGAAGAAGACGCGUGGUCAGAAACAGGGUCGGAAGAAGACGCGGACGAAUCUCCUAGAAGUAGCGAGGUCUUGACUCAAGCUGACGAAGAUGGCCAGAGUUUCGAAGGAGACCUUGCUACUACGAACUUCGUCGCGUCGACGCAGACAGGCGAAGACUUCUCUGGAGACGAAUGGGAAAUUCCUGAGGAGAUUUCACCAGCAGAGGGGAUGACGACGAGGACACCAACACCUCCAGGAGGAUCACCGGGAGAUUGCUGCGGAGAUGGAAAUGAGGAAAAAAUCUUCGGUCGAUUCGCAGCCCUCCACGAGAAGGAGCAACCCGUGUGUCAAUCUCUGAGUCAACUGCCCAGAGACAUGCAGGCGCCUCCUUUGGAGCAGUCGGUUCAAGCGUCGAAGUUGUCGCAGCGGUCCUCCAGCCGACCUUCAGCCAAGCUACCACCGGAAAUGUUGCCCUUCAUCGCCCCUCAUCCGCAAUGGUGCCGUCGCUUCGCCUAUGACUUCAAAACGCCAGCGAAGAGUCUGUCCAUGGUGCCGCAACCCGAGCUGUCAUUCUACGACGCGGUGGUUGUGGAGCGGCACCGGGUUGCUCCUGACGGAAAUUGUCAAUUCCGUUCCGUCAGCUACGCGUUGCUAGGCACAGAGGAUGCCCAUGCGGAAAUCCGGCAAGAGGUGGCGCACUACCUGAGGGGCAACUUUAAUCGGCUUAGCUGGCUGAUAAACCCGGACACACUGGAGGAAGACGAGGGGAGAAUGGCUCGACUCGACAAGAAAUACAGAGUCAGAAUUCCGUACAAAACCUACAAAGGUUAUCCCUUGGCAGAAGACGAGCUCAAACUUAAUUGGGUUAUCAGGCUUGGAGACGCACGAUACAGGAUCUGGGGUGACGAGUGCACUCUCGCUGUGAUGGCGGAGAUGUACAACAUCCGGAUCGUUGUUGAGCAACAAGAAGGCGACGGGCGUCGGGCAACCAAAAUGGGUUCGCAUGCAGUCCAGGUUAUCAUACCAUACGAUGUGGUUCCUGAGGCAUGCAUCCCGACGAUUUUCCUGAUCUACGACCUUCAGCGUCAACACUACGACGUGGUCGAAAAGUCAAACCCAGGUGAAAACGUCACAUGCCCUAGCUCAACAACCUCCUGCGUAAUCCAAGCCCGACUGGUCGUCUCUCACGUCCGAACAAUAGCCAAGUACCGUCGUCAAGACUGCCCUCCUUCGUCGAAUCAAGCCACCGACUGUCUUCCUCGUCCUCUCUUCAAGUUGCGACUUCUUUCCGGAAUAACUACAAGCUGGGCGUGA